ACAAUACUUAAGAACUUAAAAAGAAAAGGCUGAUAAUGAGCAGAAACCUUACGGAUUUUGAGCCCAGACGGCUCCAACUCCUUCAAAAGUUGGCGCUAGGCAUACUGCUGAGUGCCAUUUUGCUGUCAUUGCCUGCCAUAUGCCGGGGACAGAAUCCAAGUUUUAAAUACUCGCGCGAAGCUAAUGAAAACUUUGAUCCAAAGAAGGCGCCGCCGGUAAAGCACGAUCAUCAUCAUCACGACCACGAUCAUCACGAACACGAUCAUCAUCACCACGAUCAUGAUCAUGAUGACCACGAUCAUGAUCAUCAUCACCACGAGAAACCGCAUAGCCAUGGACAAACGAAGCCGGCGCUGGAUAUGAGCAGUGUUUGGCUGCAUUCGAUUGGCUCGACGCUGCUUAUCAGUGCUGCGCCCUUCGUUCUUCUAUACAUUAUACCGCUGGACAAUAGCGAGGCAAUGAAGCCACGCCUGAAAGUCUUGCUAGCUUUCGCAUCCGGCGGCCUGUUGGGCGAUGCAUUCCUGCACUUAAUACCGCAUGCCACGCACCCGCAUAGCCACGAUGAGCACGACCACCAUGGACAUUCACAUUCCCAUGAAGACCACGAUGGACAUGGACAUGAGCACGCACACGACAUGAGCGUUGGUCUGUGGGUGCUGGGUGGCAUUAUAGCAUUUUUAUCAGUUGAGAAAAUCGUACGCAUUUUGAAGGGCGGCAGUGGCGGCGGACACGGACACAGUCAUGGACCAGUUAAAUCAAAACAGCCCACCAAGGAGAAAGCGGAAAAGAAACAAACUGGCAAAGGCGAUGACACUGACAAAUCCUCAAAGCCUGCCAAGUCGAAACCAAAACAGCAGCAGCAAGAGGAUGAAGGUGAGGUUGAAAUCUCGGGCUAUUUAAAUUUGGCUGCAGAUUUCGCCCAUAAUUUUACUGACGGCCUAGCGAUUGGUGCGUCCUACUUGGCCGGUAAUAGCAUUGGUAUUGUGACCACCAUUACCAUAUUGCUGCACGAAGUUCCGCACGAAAUUGGCGAUUUUGCCAUACUUAUAAAAUCGGGUUGCUCGCGACGAAAGGCUAUGUCACUGCAGUUGGUAACAGCGCUAGGCGCCGUAGCCGGAACUGCUUUGGCACUGUUGGGUGCCGGCAGCGGUGACAACAGCUCAGCGCCAUGGGUGUUGCCGUUUACAGCCGGAGGCUUCAUAUACAUAGCCACAGUGAGCGUAUUGCCUGAACUGCUGGAGGAGUCAACAAAGUUGAAACAAUCGUUAAAGGAAAUUCUUGCACUACUCACUGGAGUGGCGCUGAUGAUUGUUAUAGCCAAGUUUGAAUAGAUUUUCGUAGAUAUACACAUUAAUUUCGUUUUUGUAAGCUUUAAAGUACUCGCUAUUGAGUUCGGCAAUUUGCGCCCUAUAUUUCUCUAAAAAAUUUUGGAUAUAUCAAAAAGUUUCUAAAUACAUACAACAAACGAAUUUUAA